ACAAAAGAGGCUGCUGGUGUCUCUGCCACAUUCACUCCUCCUGUGGCCUUUUACGACGCAAAAUACACCAGCAGACCGCCGCAGCGUAACCGCUGGGAGAGAGAGCCGCAAGUUUUGGAAGCUGGACGAGGAGCUCUGCUGUCCUCCUCCUCCUCCACCUCCUUCUUCUUCUUCUUCUUCUUCUUCGUCGUCUUCUUCUUCUUCUUCUUCUUCUUCUUCUUCUUCUUGUCCUCUUCCGUCGUCGAGCGCGCGGCGCGGCGACGUGUGGGAGCCAGAACAAAGGAGUCUCGGAGCGGGGAAUGAGCGAGCGGAGACUAGCCCCGCUAUUACACUUGAAACUGGGCCAAAUGCCUCUCUGAAAGUAACAAUAGUACACCGGCUGCUCGUAUUUCUCCACCAAGCUUUCCGCCCCAAAAGGAAGAAGAAGAAGAAGAAGAAACAGACGCGCUCACGCAAGUCGGUGGCUACGAUGUUUCCUCAGAACCGACCACCGGCACCUCUGCAGCCGCCUCCAGGGCCCUCGGCCUCAGUCGUGGCAGCUGCCGCAGCGGCAGCGGCAGCAGCAUCGGGGACAUCUCAGUCGCUGAAGCUAACCUACUCAGAAACACUGGACCGUAUCAAGGAGGAAUUCCAGUUCCUUCAAACCCAGUACCACAGUUUGAAACUGGAAUGUGAGAAACUGGCCACAGAAAAGACUGAGAUCCAGAGACACUAUGUUAUGUAUUACGAGAUGUCGUACGGACUCAACAUUGAAAUGCACAAACAGACGGAGAUCGCCAAACGGUUGAACGUGAUCUGCGCUCAGCUCAUCCCAUUCCUGUCACAGGAGCACCAGCAGCAGGUGGUCCAGGCGAUGGAGCGCGCCAAACAGGUGACCAUGGGGGAGUUAAAUGCAUCCAUAGGGGUACGUGGACUCCCACCUCUGCCUCAUACCCAGCAGCUUCAGGCCCAGCACCUCUCCCAUCAUGCCCAGGGAUUGCCAGUAGGUCCACACCCAUCAGGAUUGCCCCACCCAAGCUUGGCGCUUGGAGGAGGGUCUGGACUGCUGGCCCUGUCUGGAGCUCUAGGGGCCCAGCUGGCUGCCAAAGAUGAGAGAGCCCAUCUUGAAGCAGCAGCAGCCGCCGCCGCCGCUGCAGAACACCACAGAGAUCGUGAAGCAGGACCAAGCUCCCUGUCCAACGGGGAUAAGGGUCGGCCAGCAGACUACCUCAGCAACGGCAAGAAGCGGAAAGCUGAUGAGAAAGAGUUCAUGACAGACUAUGGCAGCGAUGCAGAUAAGAGCGAUGAUAAUUUGGUGGUGGAUGAGGACCCGUCGUCACCCCGCAGUGUGCAGUCCUACUCGUCCAGGGAGAACGGCCUGGACAAGAUGCCCCCCUCCCGAAAAGACGUCCCCCUGCAGGCCAGCCCCACCUCCCUGGCCUCUUCCAGCAGCGCUGCCUCCCCCUCCCGCAGCAAGGAGCCCCCACAGAGGGAGAAGUCCACCACUCCAGGGAUGAAACCAGGGACCCCAAUGUCUCAAGAGUCAAACACUCCAGGACCUAGCGGGCCACCUCAGUUUCGCCCUGUUCUGGGAAAGCCAGGAGUCGACCCCCUCACUUUGGGGCUGAGGAACCCCCUGUCGGUACAGGGAGCGUACACUGCAGGUGCUUUUGGCCUGCCCCCUCCAGGGGUGAACGGUGAGCUGCCUGCGGCUGCGGGAUAUGGUGCCGGUCUCCAUUUGGUUUCUCCUCAGAUGAACGGCGCUGCGGCUGCUGCAGCGGCAGCAGCUGCUGGCUACGGACGGUCCCCUGUGGUGGGCUAUGAGUCUCCACACCCACACAUGAGGGUCCCAGGUUUACCUGCCAGCCUGCAAUCAGCCGCCUCAGGGAAACCCGCCUACUCGUUCCAUGUGAGCGCAGACGGCCAGAUGCAGCCGGUGCCUUUCCCCCCUGACGCCCUGCUGGGCCCUGGUAUCCCACGGCACGCCCGUCAGAUCCACACCCUGAGCCAUGGAGAGGUGGUGUGCGCCGUCACCAUCAGCACCUCGACACGCCACGUCUACACCGGUGGCAAGGGCUGUGUCAAGGUGUGGGACAUUAGCCAGCCAGGUAGCAAGAGUCCCAUGGCCCAGCUGGACUGUCUGAACAGAGAUAACUACAUCCGUUCAUGCAAGCUGCUUUCUGACGGGCGAACUUUGAUUGUUGGCGGGGAGGCCAGCACAUUGUCUAUCUGGGAUUUAGCCACACCCACUCCUCGCAUCAAGGCGGAGCUGACGUCAUCAGCUCCUGCGUGUUACGCUCUGGCCAUCUCCCCCGACAACAAAGUCUGCUUCUCCUGCUGCAGCGACGGGAACAUCGUGGUCUGGGACCUUCACAACCAGACGCUGGUCAGGCAGUUUCAGGGCCACACGGACGGAGCCAGCUGCAUUGACAUCUCCAACGACGGCACCAAGCUGUGGACGGGGGGGCUGGACAACACGGUCCGCUGCUGGGACCUCAGAGAGGGACGACAGCUGCAGCAGCACGACUUCACCUCACAGAUCUUCUCUCUGGGUUACUGUCCGACAGGCGAGUGGCUGGCUGUGGGGAUGGAGAGCAGUAACGUGGAAGUCCUGCACGUCUCUAAACCCGACAAAUACCAGCUGCACCUCCACGAGAGCUGCGUUCUCUCUCUUAAGUUCGCUUACUGUGGUAAAUGGUUCGUGAGCACAGGCAAAGAUAACCUCCUGAAUGCGUGGCGGACACCUUAUGGCUCCAGCAUAUUCCAGUCGAAAGAGUCGUCGUCUGUUCUGAGCUGUGAUAUCUCUCCCGACGACCAGUUCAUCGUCACUGGCUCAGGGGACAAAAAGGCCACCGUCUAUGAAGUGAUCUACUGAGAAAGACGCGUAAGCGGCUCAGACAGGUGUCACCGGCGGAAACAAAGAGACACUCAACAUGUACUUUGUUGUUUUGUUAACGUUUGUGAAAGAAACGCGAGGCAGCGAGAAAUGCAAAGAGGCACAAAGUCACAUCUCUGGAAAAAAAGCAAACAAACUGAACUUUGUUUUUUAUGCUUUGUGAACGCAGGUUAGUCUGUAGCUGCACAGUUGUGAGAUUUCUCCAAAGAACUUUUUUGUUUUUUCUCCUUUUUAAAAAAAAUAAAUAACAAAACCUCUGUAGUGAACAAAAAUUAGCAAGAAAACAUAUUUUUUUAGCUUUGGGAUUUUUCAGUCAGAUGCGAUCGAGUGGAUGGCAGAGAUGAAGAGACAAAAGACAGAGAUGACAGGAUACGAGCUCCAGCAGGUGGGGACUGAAGGUCCCCAGUUGGACUGGCCCGGUCCGGCACAGGCCACGCUGGGUUAGGAGGCGCAGUGCUUCAGCAGCUACAUGAUUGUAUUAUUUCCAAACACGACAGAACAGACCUCUGAACUGUCCCCAGAGCGAUGCAGAUGCUUUUAGUGGAAACCAUUUUGGAACAGAACACAACAACCACAAAGACAGAAAACUUCAGACUCACAACAGGAACCUCUGCAGCUUUCAGGGGAUGUGAUUUAUCUUCGUUCUCAAUAUGAUUUUUUUUCUUCUGUUUUAUUUGUUGGGCCACACAGGCAAAGAGGUAUUUUCACAACUGCAUCAUCAAACCUGACAAUGCUACUAUAUAUAUGGACAUGUAAAUAAAGUUCUUUAAAGACAAA